UACAUAUAAUAAUAAAUCCGUUUCUCUCUAUCCUCCUAAAUGUUGGGGGAAAUUAAUUAGCAAAUUUUAAUCUCCCAUUCAAGAAAAACUAAACAUAAUGAAACAAACAAAUACACACCUGAUUCAAUUUUUACAUCAAAAUUUUCACGUUUGAUCAUCAUCAUUCAAAUAUAUCGACAUUGUUAUAAUUAAUAUAUAGGCUCGAAAGAACAAGAGGGGUAUCGAAAAUGGCAUCAUUUAGAGGAGAUGAGGAUUAUGAUUAUUUGUUCAAGGUUGUUUUGAUCGGAGAUUCGGGUGUUGGGAAGUCGAAUCUUUUAUCGAGAUUUUCUCGAAACGAAUUCAGCCUUGAAUCGAAAUCGACUAUCGGUGUCGAAUUCGCAACACGUAGCAUUCAGGUCGAUGAUAAGGUUGUUAAGGCCCAGAUUUGGGACACUGCUGGCCAAGAAAGGUACCGCGCAAUCACAAGUGCCUACUACCGUGGUGCUGUUGGUGCUUUACUAGUUUAUGAUGUUACCCGCCAUAUCACAUUUGAAAAUGUGGAGAGGUGGUUAAAAGAGCUUCGGGAUCACACAGACACCAAUAUUGUAAUCAUGCUAGUAGGAAACAAGGCAGAUUUACGUCACCUACGUGCUGUUCCAAUGGAUGAUGCAAUGGCCUUUGCUGAACGUGAGAAUACGUUUUUCAUGGAAACAUCAGCUCUAGAGGCAUUGAAUGUAGAGUCUUCCUUCACCGAAGUGCUCACUCAAAUCUAUCAUGUUGUAAGUAGGAAGGCGCUUGACAUUGGAGACGACCCGGCUGUUUUGCCCAAGGGCCAAACUCUUAAUAUUGGAGGCAAAGAUGAUGUAUCGGCUAUGAAGAAAGGCGGAUGUUGCUCAAGCUGAAGUCCAGGGUAGUAAUAUUCAGUGUUUGAAGAAUGUAAUUUUGAUACUUGGUUGAUUUAAGGCUACUAGAGGAUUUCUUGUAAAAUCUAAUAUUUCACUCAUUUUCUUGCUGAUGACUGAUGUAACUUACAUUACAAAAAAUGCAGUUAUAUAUUUCUAUUUUGUUGU